AUGGUGGCGCCCUUGGCCAAGUUGCUCGUCCUGCUCAGCCUGGUACAAUUAGCUUUCACCCAGGCGUCGGUCCUGGCCGGCGUGCCGAGCUGCGCUCUGUCCUGCCUCUUGGAUACACUCACAAGCCCGGCGUCGCCAUGUCCCAUCACCAACCAGACGUGCAUCUGUGAGAGCAGCGCCCUCCAGGCCAAUGUCUCGUCGUGCGUGCUGGCAAGCUGCACAGUCAAGGAGGCCCUCACGACACUCAACAUCAGCUCGACGACAUGCGACGCGCCCAUCCGAGAUGACCGCCUCGUGAUCGACGUCGUCUCGUACGUGCUGCUUGCGCUAUCCUUCGUUGUCAUUGCCAUACGGUUCUACGUCAGGACUUUCAUGGGCGACACUGGCAGUGUUGGCCCUGACGACUGGAUCAUACUGGCGACGUUUAUCCUCGGUAUUCCCUCUACCUUGAUUGCCACCCUGGGGGCGGGAGGUCACGGGCUGGGGCGUGACAUAUGGACUCUGUCGUUCAACGACAUCACGCUGUUUGCGAAGUACUUUUACGUGCUACAGAUCUUAUAUGUCGUCGGCUUGCCGAUGGUCAAACUGUCGCUGUUGUUCUUCUACCUCCGCGUGUUUCCGGCACGGCCGGUUCGCAGAGUACUGUGGGGAACAAUUGUACUCAUUUUGCUGUACACUGUCACCUUCCUAUUCAUCUCCAUAUUUGAAUGCACGCCGAUAUCAUUCUUCUGGGAGUCGUGGGAUGGGGAGCACAAGGGAAAAUGUUUGAGCCUCCACGCCAUCUCAUGGAUCCAGGCCGCGGUAAGCGUCGCUCUCGAUGUCUGGAUGCUGGCGAUUCCCCUGUCCCAGCUGCCGGGACUGAAGCUGCACUGGACGAAGAAGGUCAGCGUUGGGUUGAUGUUCUUCGUGGGCACAUUUGUGACUGUUGUCAGCAUACUGCGCCUUCAGUCGCUUAUGAAAUACGCCAGUUCUACGAAUGUGACAUGGGACAACACGUCGGUUGCAAUUUGGUCGACCAUCGAGCUCAACGUCGGCAUGAUCUGCACCAGUCUCCCAACCCUCAGGCUACUGGCAGUCCGAGUGUGGCCAGUCCUGAACGGGUCGACGAUUCGCAGCAGGUUCGGGUACAGCGGGAGUCGAUACGGGCGAAGCAAGUAUCCGAAGAGAUCCACUGAUAUCAGCAUCAGUCGAGAUGCACCCUUGAGGAUGAACAGCUUGAAGAUUGCCGAUGUGAAAGUCGAUGCCUUCCCAAUGCCUCCAAGCAGGGUUUCAGAUGCUGAGCCUCGACCCGCCGCUCCCGAGCCCGCUCUUCGUGGCCUGGCCCGAAGCAACUCGGACUGCAAGUAUGGCGAGGCGGGAGUUCUUAGAGGAGAUGUCGGACACUCCAACUACAAGCAGGGGAAUCAACCGCAGACCCAACGACACAUUGAUGGUGGAGGAUAG